CGUCACCACAACUUCAUUUGUUAGCUGACGUUCUCGAGCACCGAACUGUGGCAAGAAAAUCACUAUCAAAAUAACUUCGAAGAUACGUGUCUGUUUCAAUGUUAGAAUAAUAGUCGCUGCGCGAAUAUAGUUUGGGAUUUAAAGUAACGCUAUUCGCGCGCAUAUUUUUUUGUUUAUCGUCUGCAAGUAUGAUCUUUAAAGACGUAUAUUUGAACAGUUGAUGUGCUUAUGAGUUGAGCAAAUUUCGCGCGCGCUUGAGAAGUUAACUUCUCCGCAUUGUUCCUUUUCCCCGAGUGGUCCGUUUCUCCAUCGCGCAUGCGUGUGUUCCGGGAUCAUGAAGGUAAAGGUGAUCUCCAUCCUGGAAGACAACUACAUGUACCUGGUGAUCGACGAACACAGCAGACAGGCUGUGGCUGUGGACCCCGCUGUCCCUCACCGGCUGCUGGAGAUUGUGAAGAGAGAAGAUGUGAGACUGGUGGCUGUUCUUACAACACACCAUCACUGGGAUCACGCCAGAGGCAAUGAGGCGCUGCUGAAGGACCUGCCUGACCUCAGGGUGUAUGGUGGAGACGAUCGAAUCGAGGGCUUGACAGAUAAAGUCAGUGACGGUCAGGAACUCAAGUUCAACUCCAUCAACGUGCGAUGCCUCUUCACGCCCUGUCACACCUCAGGUCACAUGUGCUACUUUGUCUGGGAGGACGAUUGCGCCGACGCCCCGGCUGUAUUCACAGGGGAUACGCUAUUUAUUGGAGGCUGUGGAAAGUUCCUUGAGGGAACUGCAGACCAGAUGUACCACAACCUCACCCAGGUUCUCGGCUCCUUACCUCAAGAAACAAAGGUCUUCUGUGGACAUGAAUACACCAUCAAGAACCUCAAGUUCGCCCUGCUGGUGGAACCAGAGAACGAGAAGGUGAAAGAGAUGCUGAGCUGGGCGAAGGCACGAGAUGACGACGACAAACCGACCGUGCCUUCGACUCUGGUCGAGGAGUUCGACUAUAACCCUUUUCUUCGUCUCUCUGAAGAAGCCGUACAGAAGUUCACCGGGAAGACAGAUCCAGUUGAGGUUCUGAAGGUUCUACGUAAGGAAAAGGAUAAAUUUAAAAAGCCCAAGGAAAGACUUCCCGCUCAUGCCAUGUUGGCUCUGGAGUGGGGGCUGCUGAGACCCUAAAAUCUGCUCCCAAUCCUGCUCUUGCUCCGUGUUGUUCCAUUAAAAGAUGAAUAAUAUCCCACUACAACUGCAGCAGAUAAAUAUUCAUACACUUUACUAAUGAUGGUGGAUUUCUCAGGCUGCAGUGGUCAGUACCAGGAAAUGUAAAGGACCAGACUCGCACUAAAGUCAUGCUUAAAAACUCUGGUUUCCUCCCACAGCAGAGGUCAAGCAAGGUUAAAUUGUGAGCAAUUAUAGUGAUGAAGAAUUUUAACUUCUGUUGAAAGCUGAACUGUAUAUUACAAAAUAUGAAAUAAAAUA